GAGAGAGAGAGAGAGAGGUGAACGUUGCCGCUGUUGAUCUCAGGCGACGUUUUCCAAUCUCCUGUUGACCGACUGUUCUAUUAGCAAUGACGCCAGCCUCUGGAGAGAUUGCAAAGCGUCUUACAAAUACUGAGACUGAGCAUGUUGCUAGGGAAGACAGUGAAUAUGAGAGACUGGUUGUAUCUAGUGAAGAGAAGGUUGAAGGUGAUGACAUACACCCUCAACAAAUAGAAAGGGAAAGGUGUGACAGGUCUUGGAAAUGGUGGAUUAAGGUUAUAUCAUUGUCCAUUGUUACUAUCGUAGUUUCAGUCGUUUCAGUGAAAUGGGGAAUGCCAAUUGUAUUUGAGAAGCUUCUAAUCCCAAUGAUGGAAUGGGAAGCCACAGAAUUUGGUCGUCCAACACUUGCUCUCAUACUUGUAGCCUCCUUGGCACUUUUCCCAAUCGUCUUCUUGCCAUCUGGUCCUUCUAUGUGGCUUGCAGGGAUGAUAUUUGGAUAUGGACUGGGAUUUGUAAUAAUCAUGGUUGGAACAACAAUCGGAAUGGUUUUGCCAUAUCUGAUUGGUCUAUGCUUUCGUGAUCUCAUCCAUCAAUGGUUGAAGAAAUGGCCACGGACAGCUGCAAUGAUUAGAAUGGCUGGAGAAGGAGACUCGUUCCAGCAGUUUCGAGUGAUUGCACUCUUUAGGAUUUCACCAUUUCCGUACACCAUAUUCAACUAUGCUAUAGUAGUCACCAGCAUCAUGUUCUGGCCCUAUUUAUUUGGAUCCAUAGCCGGAAUGAUUCCUGAAGCCUUCAUCUAUAUUUACAGUGGGAAGUUGUUAAGGACAUUUGCGAAUGUACAGUAUGGAAAUCAUGAAAUGAGUCCACUGGAAAUUAUAUACAAUGUUAUUUCCUUCAUCGUAGCAGCUGUGAUGACCGUAUGUUUCACAGUUUACGGGAAAAAAGGUCUAACAAAACUUGAACAUGAAGAGAAGUGCGGGGUAACUGUAGUUCACUUAGGGCAUAUACAACUGGAUAGACUUUCGUUGGAGAGACCAAACCAACAUGGCCUUCAUCACAGCUUGAGGUCGCCGUAGGUUUAAUUUUAUAGCUAACCAUUGUAGGAAAAACCAGCAGACAGAAUAAGGAC